AGUGAAUAUUUUCACUUCUGAACUUUUUUUCUCUGACCAGAGCUAAAGAAAGAUAAAAGUCUGUUAUUAGAGAAGCUGCUUCUUGUACGGUCUGUUAUCCGUAUUUUAUGAGAGUUAUCUUUCACCUCUGGAGAAUGAUUUUGAGUUUGACCGCAGCUCUAGGACGUAUUUGAAGGAGAAAUUAGGGAACAGCUUGUGGAUCGACUCCCUCAUUCUGUCGUGGGUCCGAAAGAUGCAAGAGAAGCCGCCGUUGCCGGGAGAUGAGAACGGGGCGGAGCCGGAGGUGGACCUGGGACAGGGUGAGGGGUACGGAGACGCUGUUGCCGAGGAAACGGCCCGUGAUGGAUGGAAUAAUAAGUUGGAGUAUGUGCUGGCACAAGUGGGCUUCAGCGUUGGCCUAGGGAACGUCUGGAGAUUCCCUUACCUGUGCCAUCAGAACGGAGGAGGGGCUUUUCUUCUGCUGUAUGUAUUGUUGAUGGUGCUUGUGGGAAUUCCGUUGUUUUUCCUGGAGCUGGCGGCAGGGCAGAGUAUCCGUCAGGGAAGCAUUGGUGUGUGGAAACACAUCUCUCCAAAACUGGCCGGGAUUGGCUACGCCAGCUGUGUGGUGUGUUUCUUUGUGGCCCUGUACUACAAUGUUAUUAUUGGCUGGAGUUUAUUCUACCUGUUCAAUUCUUUCCGGAGCCCUCUACCAUGGGAAGAGUGUCCAGUGGAGGGAAACAGCACAGUGAAAGAGUGCGCUGCGAGCUCCCCCACAUCGUAUUUCUGGUACCGGAAGGCUCUGGACAUCACGAACUCUAUCGAUGACGUCGGCGAGUUUAACCCCGUCAUUACCGGCUGUCUGUUUGGUGCCUGGUUCAUCGUCUGUCUUGGCAUGUACAAAGGAAUCAAAUCUGCUGCCAAGGUCAUGUAUUUCUCCUCAGUGUUUCCGUACCUGGUCCUCUUCUGUUUCCUGAUUCGUGGUUUAAUGCUGGAUGGAGCAUAUGACGGUAUUGUCUACAUGUUCUACCCCAGGUUGAGCAUCUGGGGGGACGUGCAGGUGUGGCGUCAGGCUGCGACCCAGGUCUUCUUUGCUUUGGGUUUGGGUUUUGGUUCUGUAAUCGCCUACUCCUCCUACAACCCCCGGAGGAACAACUGUCACCGCGACGCCUUCAUGGUCUCCGUCAUUAACUUCCUCACCUCCGUCCUGGCCUCGCUGGUCGUCUUCGCCGUGCUGGGCUUCAGAGCCAAGACCAUCGCCAAGGACUGUGUCUCACAGAAUAUGAGACUUUUGUCUGAAGUUUCACUGGCUCCUCGGCUGAAUUUCUCUGUGGAUGAAUAUGGAACAUGGUUUAAACUCUAUGGACAAAACCUCACUCUGCCUGACAACAGAAACCUCACUGACUGUAACCCCGAGAGAGAGAUGCGAAAGGGUGUGGAGGGCACAGGCCUGGCGUUUAUCGCCUUCACAGAGGCCAUGACGCUCUUCCCGGCCAGUCCGUUCUGGUCGGCUCUGUUCUUCCUCAUGCUGCUCAACCUGGGUCUCAGUACCAUGUUCGGAACCAUGGAGGGAAUUCUCACUCCGCUCGUCGACAACUUCAGAUCCCUCGCCAAGCGCAAGUCUCUGUUCACAGUGUGUAGCUGUGUGCUGGGCUUUCUGAUCGGUCUGCUGUUUACUCAGCGCUGUGGGAAUUAUUUUGUGGUGAUGUUUGACGACUACUCUGCCACUCUGCCUCUCAUCAUCGUCGUCAUCUUCCAGACCUUCAGCAUCUCCUGGGUCUACGGUGCAGACAGGUUUCUGGAUGACAUAGAACAGAUGCUGGGCUGGAGGCCGUGGAGGCUUUAUAAAUAUCUGUGGAAAUACAUCUGUCUGGCCGCCAUGGUCCUUUUACUCGGUGCCAGUCUCCUCAAAAUGUGCCUCGAACCACCCACAUACACCGCAUGGAACCAGGACACGGCCUCAGAAGAGAAGUUGAAAUUUCCUGGCUGGGCGGUCGCCGUCCUCUCAGGCCUCAUCGUCAUAGCAACACUUCCUGUCCCCUUUGGAUUCUUUUACACCACCCACCGCCAGCGCCGCAACCAAUCGGGCCAAGGCGCGGUUACCAUGGACACGGAGGCAGGCGGCUACAUCAGGUGCAGCACGACGGAAACAGACGCGGCCCCUCAGAGCACACGGUUAGAGCUUAACGGUCACGCUGCGCCUCCUCUGUCUGAGGAGAACCUGAGCCUCCUGAGACAGGGAGACGAAGAGGAGACGACAGGGGUGUGAGAGAGGGAGAAAGGCGUGAGGGGGAGAGUAACGGGAGGGGUCGAGUCACAUUUAGGGCUUCCAUGAAGACCUGUCUGCUGGAGAAAAGUGUGUGUAUAUUGGUUUUACAAAAACACACACACACACACACACACGUAUUGUGUGUGCGUCAUAUUGAGCAUGAAAUGCUAAGACUGAAUAUGUCCUGGACUUCAACAUUCUGCUGUUUGUCAAAGUCACACACACACACACACACACAUCCGCACACACACACACACGCACACACACAUACAUACAUAC